GUGUUGACUCUUCACGGUCGAUCUCCACACUGGCGUUCUGAGAGUACAUUUCAGCCCAAAGAAGCUGCCAGUUGAGGACCUGGUUUGAAGUAGGUCUUCAAGAUUGUUUCCUUAGCUUGGCAGCGAAGUACAGUGUCUUCUUUCAGAACUUGACAACCAACAGUUUAUGAUGAGGCGGUCCAAGCGCAUGCGUGAUUCUGAAGGUUGGGUUGAGGAGUAUAGCUAUGAGGAGAAGCUGGAGAUUCGCAAGCGCCCGAGGCGAAGUUCCCAUAGUAGUGACCGGGACAAGAGACAGAGGCACUACCACCACCACAAAACAUACGAAAGGUGUCACGUUGACUCCAAGAGGUUAGAGUGUAAAGAGCGGAGGGCCCGGGAGCCUAGUGUGAAGCGAGAGUGGGACGGAGCCAGUGGCGAGCCGUCCAGGGAGCGGAGGAACAGAGACUGGCACCACUACAGCAAGUCCUCUGCACGCAGCGGCCGCAGCCACCAGAGCAGUCACACACGGCACCGCUCCCGGCACCACAGCCAGCGGCGCUCCGACUCGAGGAGUCAGCGCAGGAAAAGAUCCCGAAGUGUUGAGGAUGAUGAGGAGGGUCACCUGAUCUAUCACAGUGGACUCGUGCUAAAAGCAAGAUAUAAGGUUGUGGCCACUUUAGGGGAAGGGGCUUUCGGGAAAGUGGUGGAAUGUAUCGACACAUCAAACGAUGAUGAGAGAGUAGCGCUGAAGAUCAUUAAGAACAUUGAUCGUUACCGGGAGGCAGCCAUGUCUGAGGUAGAGGUCCUGGAGCAAAUGAACACUCUGGACAAUGAGAAAACAUUUGGCUGUGUGCGCAUGCUCAACUGGUUCGAUUAUCACGGCCACAUCUGCAUCGUUUUUGAGCUUCUGGGUCUCAGCACCUUUGACUUCCUGAAGGAGAACAGCUUCUUGCCUUUCACUGUGGAGCAGAUCAGACACAUGUCCUACCAGAUCUUCAGGGCUGUUGCUUUUCUUCAUCGAAAUAAACUGACACAUACUGAUCUGAAGCCAGAGAACAUCCUCUUUGUCAAUUCCGACUAUGAUAUGAAGUACAAUGCCAAAAUGAAACGGGAUGAGCGAACAUUAAAGAACCUUGACGUGAAAGUGGUGGAUUUUGGUAACGCCACCUAUGACCACGAGCAUCACACAUCAGUGGUCUCCACCCGCCACUACCGGGCGCCAGAGGUCAUCCUCGAGCUGGGGUGGAACCAGGCGUGCGAUGUGUGGAGCCUGGGUUGCAUCCUACUGGAGUUCUACCUCGGGAUAACACUGUUUCAGACACACGACAGCAAAGAACACCUGGCAAUGAUGGAGCGGGUUUUGGGGCCCAUUCCUGCUCAACUGCUACAGAAAACCAAGAAGCGGCGCUACGUGCAUCAUGACCGGCUGGACUGGGAUGAACACAGUUCCUCAGGGAGAUAUGUGAGGAAGCAUUGCAAACCACUCAAGCAAUACAUGUCCUCUAAGAGCUCAGACCACGAGCAGCUGUUUGACCUGGUCCAGAGUAUGUUGCAGUACGACACGUCCAGGAGGCUCACCCUGGAAGAGGCUCUCUGGCACCCCUUCUUCCACCCAGUCAGGAAGGAGAAAGUCAGCCUGAAGAUCACAAAGCACACUUAACUCACACCACGCAUCUUUCCCCUCCCAGGGAGAUUUCUACAGACUGUAUCAGUCUGCUAUCUGUCAAAAGAUUUCCAGUCCUUCUGGUUUACCUGCCUUUUUUGAGCUUCUAUUUAUUUAUCAUUUUGAAAGUCAAUCUUCCGGUGACUCUUGUUGAUCUGUCAAUUUGUAACUCAUUUAGUAUGAACCCUGGUCCUUUUUUACAUCAGACAAGUGGAAUCGUCUUCGAAAUUAUACCUGCCACAUGAUGUCAUUUGGUGAAAAUCCUUGCUCAUAAAAGUUGAUUGAUAGACGGAGGUCAGUCAGCACUGUAGGGCAGUGAUUACAGUGUGUCUAUUGGUCUACUUGUAGUAGUCAUAUUUAUCCAGUUGAUGGCAAUACAACGCUCUCAUGAACAGUUUCCAGUUCUGCAUGUGCAGGAAAUGGAAUAGAUAAGUGCCCAUUAUCCUCUUUCUUGAAGAGUUUAAUUCAAGGUGUUUGUUGAUACAAUGUUUGAAUUCAUAACAUUGACUGUGACAUUGCUACUUUUGAAUAAAUAUGAUUUUGUCAAAGUACGUAACACUGUUAUUCAA